GGAAGCGUCUUGCAUCUUGUAUUUGGGAAUGUGUGUGCGGGUACCAGGCAUCUCCAGCUGUCCUCACCUCCUGAACUCAGGACCACGUGUGGGAUGCAGGCUGCUCACAGCUGGGGAUGACCCUUGUCAAUGACACAAUCAGAGGGCCACCGUCACGUGUCUCCCCCUUCUGGGGGGAAGUGAUCAGAUCUAUUCUUAUUAUGAGGACCUUGGCUUCUUCCGAUGAGUGACCCCGGCAGCCUCUCAUAUGGAGCCCACGCAGGAGAGAGAAGAGAGGCACAAACACAACAGUCUGCACACAGAACUUCUGCAAAUUCUUAGUGUGUUACAGUGGAUUCUCACCUUUUUGUUUCUGGGUCCUGUUUGCGUACUUCUAAUCGCAUUGAUUGUUUAUUGCCAUCUAUGGCCCCUGAUUGCCAUCUACAUUAUCUGGAUGAUCUCUGAUUGGAAAACACCCGAGAUAGGUGGAAGACGAUCUGUUUGGAUGAGUAGAUGGUCCGUGUGGAAAUAUUUUAGAGAUUAUUUCCCCAUAAAACUCCAUAAAACUGUAGAUCUAGACCCAAGACACAAUUACAUCUUUGGAUACCAUCCGCAUGGCAUCAUGAGCAUUGGAGCAUUCUGUAACUUUGGCACAGAAAGUACUGGAUUUUCCCAAGUUUUUCCCAACCUGAAACCACAUCUCACCACAUUAGCUGGAAAUUUUAAGGUGCCUUUAUACAGAGAUUAUCUUCUGGCUGCAGGAAUGUGUUCAGUGACCCAUGCAUCCAUAGACUACCUCUUGUCCUGCCAUGGAUCUGGCAAUAUUGUGGUAAUUGUUGUGGGUGGAGCAGCAGAGGCAUUAAACUGUACCAAGAAUAAGCAUAUACUCACACUAAGGAAACGGAAGGGAUUCAUAAGGAAGGCCCUAACUAAUGGUGCCUUCUUGGUUCCCGUGUAUUCCUUUGGGGAGAAUGAAGUUCUUUGGCAGCAUCACUUUAAGCCUGGCAGCUGGAAAAAGAGCCUCCAGGAAUUAUUCCAGCAAUGGAUUGGUUUUGCUCCCUGUUUUUUCUUUGGGCAAGGAAUCUUUUCCAGUUCAUCCAAAGGAAUAAUGCCACUACGAAGAGCCAUCAACACCGUCGUUGGUAAACCCAUCCCUGUGCCCAAGACGAAUAAUCCUUCAGAGCAGCAAGUGGAUGCGUAUCAUACUCUCUAUGUAGACUGUCUGCAGGAGCUUUUUAAUGCACACAAAGAGCGCUUUGGUCUACAGCAGACUGACUCUCUGUUGCUGAUAUGAAAACAAUGUGUAACAGAACUACUGGACCAAAUAAAAAAAUGUAUCUUGAUGGCAUCAGACCGACACACAAGCAGAACAGAAUCUGAUUGAUUGAGAGGGAUCCAGAUGCCUCAAUUGGACUCGGUAAUACAAAUGAUGACAAUAUCUCAAGUCUUCCUACUGAGAGAGCCCAGUAUUUCAGAGUCCCAAAUCAACAGCCAGCUUAUAUGGAAAGAGCAAAGAUAAUGUCUGAAGGGCAGUAGCAACCAGUUUAUUUUGGUCAAAUCUGUGAAAUACGAAAUUCAAAUUGGUUGGUCGGCAUUGGUUACUGCACUUUGUCUUACUGAACAAGCCUGACUUUGUGUUCUGUAAGCAGAAGUUAAAUUGAAUGUUUUACAAUAAAGGUAUCAGUAUAAUCAAUACAAACUUAAC